ACCAUUCCUGGGUUGUAGCUUGCCAAAAAUGAGCUCCAGUCUGGGUUCGACGUCAUCGUUGGCGCUCUUGUAGGAAAUACAUUGUCGUUCCUCGGCAUAGAAACUGAUGGCCCAGCAUUAUUUGACAUGUUUAGAUAUCUUUCGCUAGGGACAGGCUCCCAGGGCGUGUAUGGCACCUCUGGUAGGCCAGUGAAGCUGGUGCUGGCAUUUCCGGUACUCAAUGUAUUCAGCCGCUGUCAAAAAAAUAAUUCAUCAGUCAUCUCUGCGGGGAGAGGCAAGUCGGAGCAUUCGUACCUGCAGUCCAGAGUUGAAGCUCGCUACUGAAGAGUGCGCGGCCUGUACGACGUGGGAUGAGCCUUUUGAUCCUGUCCUUCUGGUCUUUGAGCUGUUGUCGGAUUCCUCGCAUACGAAGAUUGUUCCUUUGUCGAUCCCUCUCGCCGACGGAUGGCUCCAUGAGAGCUGUGC